AUGGAAAGGAAAAAGAGGCGAGGGGAGGGGAGAGGAGAGCAGGAGGAGGUGGAGGAGGAGGAGGAGUUGGAGGGUUUCGACGCAAUGCAGACCGGCUCUACUAAAGCACGCCGCCAGAAGUUCUCCAUACACCACAAAAACAAGAGCGCUCGUGUGCCAGCACUGGCGCAAUCACACUGCAAAGAAGGACAGAGAGUAACAAAACCUCUUGACUCACAACUCGUCAGAUCAUCGUCGUUUAAACAAAACAACCCCAUUGUCAGUGCAUGA